AUGGAUAACAAUUAUAAUUUCAACUUUAUUGAUGAUGGGGAUAUACGACCGCAAACAACUGAUUCUCAAACAGAAAAUCCAAAUGUUAAUUACAAUAAUAGUUGUUUCAUGAUGAAUACCAAUACACCUGAUAGCGUUACUAAUAUGUCUUCACAAUCUUAUCCUAUCGCUUCAUCAGAUCUCUCAUUCCCUUUACCGCAGUAUACUCAACAAAUUCAACAAGCUCAACAACCUAUUUAUCAACAAAAUAAUACUGAAAAUAACAUUCAACAACAAUUGUUCGACACUACUCAGCCUAUUUCUCUGAAUGUACCGCAUUUCGUUCAAAAUAGUUCUUCACCGUUCGAUGCUUCUCAAAUUAAUCAUUCUGAAAUCUUUACGUUUGAAAUUCCCGGGAUCAAAAUUAUCGUUAUACCUACUUUCCCUCCAAUGAUUAAUUCCUCUCAAACGAAUAAUUCUGAAAUCUUUACAUUCGAUAUUCCUGGGUCCAAAGUUAUCAUUAUCACACUUUCUUUUCAAUGA